CAGUCUUAGAAGAAAAGGGUUUCUUAAAGGUUUUCUUAGAUAAUAAAGGGGUCUAUUUGGAAUUGAUAGGGAAAUACUGUGUUGUGUUGUAAGGUUCUGCUACCAAAGAACCUUUAAGGGUGGGUGAGGAAACAUUUUAACAUAUAGCACGUUCAAAUCUGGGCUGUAUGUUCAAUCUUUGAAACAAAUUAAUUCAUGUGUGAAAUAAAAUGUUUUGAAGGUAAAACAAAACAUGAAAAGACUUAGAAAGGCAAUACAGAGGAUCAUUUUGCAAAAUGUGUGGACCGCAGUUUUUAUACUCACUGGACACUUUAAUACAAGCAUUUUGAGAAGCUUUUCUGCACACCACGCUUGUAAAGAGUUACUAUAGCGUUCCUGUCAGCUCAAACCAGUUUGACCAUUCUCCUCUGACCUUAUUCUAAUGUUGCAAAAUAUCUUGCACGGCAGGCCCGGAUUGGCUAAUCGGGAGCACCGGGAGAAUUCCUGCUGGGCCGGUCUGUUUUUUGGGCCGCGAGGGCCGGUGUUGUCAUGGCACUGGGUUGAAAUAUGGAUAAUGUCCCUAGGCUGCCUGCACUAUUUUACCGCAGCCCCACUCUUCUUAUUUAUUAUUUUCCCGCAGCCACUCGAAGAGUGCAGCCUGCAGUUUAAUGAUGACGAUGUAGGCUAAAUUGGAUAAUAGUAAGCGCAAAGCCGGUGCUGAAAAGGCAAGAUUUAAAAAAAGAAAGCUCUUCAAACUGAUGCCAAAUGUACAAAACUGAGCCGCUUUUUCACCGGCACACCAAAUGAGGACGAUGAGACGAGCGCUCUUCAGCAGCAGCAGCCUCUAUUGCUCAUUGAUGUCAGAAGCAGAGCCAGGACCCAGUUGUAGGCCUAUGCAGGAGAUUGAUGCUCUCACUGUGGAAGACAUAGGUGCACUCGAGUCUAGGGAUACAGAAGGAAGUGUGAAAGGGAGAGCAGAGUCUACUCAGGGACUGAUAACAGAGGCAACAAUUCAGCAGCAGAACCCAGAACCACAAGCUAGGAACAAGGCAGAUGAAGAUGAUUCUGUUGAUAGUUUUGAUCACUUUGCUCGACCUCAGUCACAAGAUAUACAUACAUUUUUUUCUUAUCUUCCUCAACAAACCCCAAAUGUUCCUAUACCAAAGGUUUUCAAUAGCAAAGAUGGAACAAACCGCAAGUGGCUGACUUACUGUGAAAAAACAAAAACAAUCUCUGUACUGUUCUGCUUGUUUGGCAUUUGCACCUUUGGUAAGUGAUGGCCUUUUCAUAAAGGGAGGCAUGAAAGACUGGAAACACAUUCACCAAAGGAUUGAAAUUCUCAUGUCUUUGCACAAUGACACUGAUAAAUAAAGUUGCAGAGACCAGUGCAUUGCUCCGGCGUUUAUUAAUGUUUUAGGGUUGGCCAUGUUUCCUUGAAGCUACACUUAUGCUGAGUAAAAAGAGAUGAAGCCAUCAUUAGAAAGUUAUACUGUGAAAAGAAUUCUUGCAGAGAACAGUGCAAUACUUGUUUUAUUCUUUAUUUGUGUUUAAGGAUUGGAUCUCUGUGAACAAUUUUGCACAGAAUAUAUAUUCAGAUAUUAGGCUACUGUAUUUGCACUGAAAUGGAAAUGAUGAUAUUUUUGAAAAAUACAAUGAAUUACAAGGCUGUAGAGAACAGUGCACUAUUGCAGACUUAUAUACUGAGGUUUUAAUUACAUUAUUUUUAUAUAGUCAGUCGUGAACUAACGUGGGCCGGUCUAAAGCAUGAAACUCCAGGGCUGAAACUGAGUCCCACUCCGGCCCUGUUGCACAGUAUUGCACAAAUACCUCACACAAGUCCGUAAAGUCUUCUUUUUAUUUGAACGUUUUAAUGUUGUAAUUUUUUUGCUAUUUUUAAAAAUGAUUUAUUUGAAACAUUGAAACAAACUAACAAUUUAAUUGUACAAGAACAUUUGUGCCUAUUGAAACAAGUUUUUGAAGGACUGCUGUUUGACCAGAGCUAGUAGCCAUGUUAUAAAGGUGAUGUUAUAGUAAAUCAUCCCUCUUCAUAUGUGGCUGCUUUUUGCUUGGGUGCUUCUCCGCCACCCAGUUAGGUCAUAUCUGGUCUUUGUAGAAGAUACUUUGGAAAGAGAAGUUCGUUUUAAUGGGCGUUUUGCUUCAUAUCAGCAUAUGAUUGUUGAUAUAUGAAGGUAAGUUGAACACAGAUUGGAGUUGGAUGCAUGCCAAGUAAAUUCAGUUGUAUUUGUAUAGCACUUUUUUUUUUUCCCCACAAAGCAGCUUUACAGAAAUCCAGAUGAGCAAGCCAGAGGUGAACAAAAUACUGUAGGACCACCUGCUGAGAAUAUCUGAACAGAAAUGAAAUGCCUGGGAGAUUUGAUCAGUCUGUUACAUGAGUGCAGUUUUGAAAAUGAGCUGAAAGAGGAGUUCACAAGAAUACUGACAGCAAACAAUCCACAUGCCCCACAGAAUAUUGUCAGAUACAGCUUCAAAGACCGCUCCUAUAAGCCGAUCAGCAGCGUGGAUCAUUUGGCUGUUCACUUUGUGCUGGAGGGGAACCUUGUUCACAAGGAUUCUGAUGAGGCUCGAAGGCAAAGAGCUAGGCAAGGCUUUGCAGAAGAACAAACAGUCACAGAAACAGAAAACAUGGCAGAAAAUGAGGACAAGCCUGAGACUCCGGCUGAUGGGGUUGAGGAUGCGGGUGAUGGAGAAGAUGGCGCUGGAGAGGAGAGAUCAGACAGCGUGGACGUCCAAGUGGGGAAGAAAGAGCGCAAAAUCACCAACCAGUUCAACUUCAGCGAAAGAGCAUCACAGACGCUCAACAACCCUCAGCGAGAAAGAGCCUGCCAAACUGAACCUCCUCCUCGUGCCACCUUCUCCGCUACAGUCAAUCAGUGGGAGAUCUAUGAUGCCUAUGUGGAGGAGCUCCAAAAGCAGGAGAAGAGCAAAGAGAAACAGAAGACCCUUUCAUCUAAGAAGGAGGAAGACAAAGGGAAGAAGAAGACAGUGUUGGUGGAGAAUCAGAGCGAUGAUAUUACCAAAGUGGCGAAGGUGGCCAAGAUUAUCGGGCGCAUGGUGACUCAGAACACCUUUGAUGACAUCGCUCAGGAUUUUAAAUACUUUGAGGAUGCGUCAGAUGAGUUUCGAGAACAAGAGGGCACUCUUCUGCCAUUGUGGAAGUUCCAGUAUGACAAAGCCAAACAUCUCUCAGUAACCGCGCUCUGCUGGAAUCAGAAAUACAAAGACCUGUUUGCUGUAGGACUCGGGUCAUAUGAGUUCACUAAGCAGGGUCGAGGCAUGCUGCUCUUCUACUCCCUGAAGAACUCCACCUACCCAGAGUACAUUUUCCACACUACAUCUGGGGUCAUGUGUCUGGAUAUCCACAAACAGCUGUCCUACCUGGUGGCGGUGGGUUUCUAUGAUGGCAGCGUUGCAGUGUAUAACCUGAAGGAAGACAGACCUCAGCCUGUUUAUAAGAGCACCGCCAAGUCGGGCAAACACACUGACCCGGUCUGGCAGGUAAAGUGGCAGAAUGAUGACAUAGACAAGAAUCAUAAUUUCUGCUCAGUCUCCUCCGAUGGCCGUGUGGUAUCGUGGACUCUUGUGAAGAACGAGCUGCUCUUCACAGAUAUCAUAAAACUCUCUAUAAAUGGGGCUGUUUCAGAAGGACAAGAGUACAUGAAGAUCCCUGACAUGGCCUGCGGAACGUCUUUUGAUUUCCAUAAACAGAUCGACUACCUUUUCCUCGUUGGCACUGAAGAGGGGAAAAUCCACAAAUGCUCCAAAUCCUACUCUAGCCAGUUCCUGGAGACGUACACUGCACACAGCCUGUCUGUCGAUGCCGUGAAGUGGAACCACUUCCAUCCGAAAGUGUUCAUCUCUUGUAGCUCGGAUUGGGCUGUCAAGAUAUGGGACCACACGAUCACGACCCCCAUGUUCACCUUUGACCUGAACACAGCCGUGGGUGACGUGGCCUGGUCUCCGUACUCCUCCACUGUAUUCGCUGCGGUCACCAUUGAUGGAAAGGUGCAUGUCUUUGACCUGAGUAUCAACAAAUAUGAAGCCAUCUGCCAGCAGUCUGUAGUGUCUAAGAAGACCAAGCUCACUCACAUUGAGUUUAACCCCGUGUACCCCAUCAUUAUUGUGGGAGAUGACCGAGGCUACGUCACCAGUCUGAAGCUCUCGCCCAACCUCCGCAAGAAGCCAAAGGAGAAGAAGGGUCAGGAGUCGCCGAAGGGGCCGGAAGUGGAGAUAGCAAAGUUGGAGAAGCUGUUGAGUCUGCUGAGGGAUUCUGACAAUCCUGAACAGAAGUGACCUACUAACACCUCAAGUGCUCUGUAACAUCACAUCGGUCCACGCAAAAUACACACACACACACACACACACACACACACACACAUAGAAGUAGCAAAAAAAUGCAGCAGGAAGGGAAAAAGAAAGGUUUAGUUUUCUUUCUGGCUUGUCACUAUAUAAAUAUGUAAUGAAUAAAACACAACAGGACAUGCUGUUAUAGGAAAAUAUUCAAUAACGGUAGAUCGAUGCGGUCCGACACAAAGCAGAGUCACUGUUACGACCCGAAGCUGAUUAAUUUCCACUAACAGCACUUUCCAAAGUGUUUUAUUCAUCUGAUACAACAGCAAUUUGCCAAUAAUUACAAUAUUGUAUUUAUUUUAAAAAACGUCAUUUUUAUCCAUUUGUAGUUACAGUUAAUGUUGUGAAGUAACCGUAAAAGUUCCAGUUUUCACUUACAUUACAGCAGCUAUAAACCAUCCUUCCUCUUACCAACCUCUUUUUUUUUUCUAUUUUGAAAUUAAUAAGACAAAAAAAAAUCACGUCAUGUUACCAAGAAAUUGCAACGCUGUCUGUCCUGAAGCCUUUCCUAUGGUGGAAAACUUCAAGUUAUAUAUAUGUAGUUUAUGUACACUACCGGUCAAAAGUUUGUGGACACUUGACUGAACAGUUUCUCAUGAUCUUGAAAGCCUUUUGAGCUGAAGGUGUAUGAUUAAACGUUUGAAAUCGGUGUUGUAGACAAAAAUAAAAUCGUGCCGACGUAUUCAAUUUCUUUCAUUAGAAAACUAACAUUUUAUUUACAAAUAAAUAUUUUUAAACGGACGACUCGGAGCGAAAUAUUCCGAAAAGCAGCCGAUAAGAGUCCAGCGUAGGUGGGAACUCCUUUAAUACUGUUUAAAAAGCAUUUCAGGGAAAUUCCUCAAGAAAUCGGUUGAGAAAACGCCAAGAAUACAUUUCUGGAAAUUCUCGGCAACUACUUUGAAGAUGCUAAAAUACUCCAUUAUUUUUAUUUAUUUGGGAUUUUUUUUUUUAAUCACAACAUAAUUCCCAUAGUUCCAUUUGUGUUCUUCCAGAGUUUUGAUGUCUUUUUAUUAUUAUUCUAAACUGUGGACAAAAUAAAUAAAAAUAAAGAAUGAGUGUCUAAACUUUUGACUGGUAGUGUAUACACCACUUAAACACUAUUAAACAUCUCGGCUACGUGCUAUCUGAAUACCUUCUCCCCCAACCAACCCAUCAUUAUUUCUCUUUCCAAACAACAAGGUAUUAAAGACAGGAUUCUGCCUUCUGGAGUGCUGAUGUGUUUAUUAGAACGAUUUAUCAUGUCUAAACCACUGGUUCAUUACCUGAUACGCUCCAGAUCAUAUGCAAAUGUGAUGAGAAGAUAUUUGUUUAUUGGUUCCUCAGGCCCUUUAAAUAAGCAAGCGAUGAGUGCGAGAAGAAAAAAAAUCCCAACAAACUCUUGUUUGAUAUUAAAAUGCAUCAGUCACACACUUGUAAGCACUACAGGGGAGCACCUAUUCAAGACCCAGAUGUAUGCAUCAUUAUCAGCACAGCAUUGAUUGGUAGUUGGUCCACUGGCAAAGCAGUGUGUGUGGGUUGAGUGCAACUCUGGCACGCAUGACUGGACUGUGGUGAAGAGGACCAUAAGUGUCUCUUUACCUUUAUAUAAACCACUCAGAGCUGAGUGCUAAUGAAUCAAAGAGCUCAGACAUCAGAGACCACGGCAAGCAGCCCGUGCUGGCGCCGCAUGGUCUUACGUAGGAACCCCGAGUAUGCAGGCUUCGAGCAGCGGUGAAGAAACAUCUCUCUACUUCUCUAAACAUAGAAAAGCGUGUGAGGAUACAUACGUGGUCUAACAAUUGUUAUACUAAAGGACUGAAUGGUGGCUGCCACUAAUUUUAGCUUCUGUAAUAUCAUAUUAAGUGGACACGCCUGUGUCUGCAGAGUGUCCGUCUUCUCCAAACCUUGCCCAUUCCUGGUUGAAUGCUAACGCUCAGGUGGUGAGGAGAUACUUCUGCUCAUUCUUCUGCUGGGUGUUCCCCGGUGCUAGCACUGGCACCCUCUCCUGACUUGAAGGCACUUUGCAGGCCUUGUACAGGAUGAGAAAGAGAACCAGAAGGAGAACAGCCACCAGUACAUUACACACUAUAGCCACCACUGCUGCAGUGGACAGUCCUACACCACUGUCCCUGGACUCCAUGUUGAAAGCAGUGAAGUAAUCGCUGAGACGGUGUCAGAGCGAUCAGC